CACCUUAUUCUCUUGACACGCUCUGAAAUCGACCUGCUGUUGAUUGGAUUCAUCUGAUCCUUGUUCACAACACCGUCACAUCCAACUCGCUCUACUCACACCUUGCUCUUUGUUCUACGCCAUGACCGACCAGCCUGCGGUCAAGAAGCGCAAGGUGGCCAAGGGCAAGGACGCCGCUGCAGGUGCUGGUGAACCUGCCCCUGAGAGCUCCACCAACAACACCACCACCACCCCCUCCAAGCCCCCCAAGAAAAAGAUCGCAAAGCUCCCUCCCAUCCCUCUCACCGAGGCGAGCGCCGGCCCUGGGGACCGCCUGAUCAUCCGUCUGAGGGAGAAGGAGAAGAAAUCCUGGGAGAAGAUCUACAAGGAGUGGAACGAGAUGACAAGCCUAGAAGCAAAGGGGACCACGCUGCGUGGGCGCUAUGAGGCCAUGCAAGCGAACUUCCGGGGGAUGGACCCGGAAGACGUAAGUAAUUCAGUUCUCUCUUGUCUUUUCUUUUACUUUGCGUUCACCAUCCAUCCAUCCGUCACCCCCAACAAAACAACAACCCUAACAGCACACAACCAGGAACCCAAAUUCAUCGCGGCCAAAAAAGCCAUCGAGAAGCGCCUCGAGCGCCAGAAGUGGAAACUGAUCCGAGACGAGAUCGUCGCCGCCCAGGGCGGGAAAUACUCCUGCCGCUAUCUGGAGAAGAAGUGGAAGGAGCUGGUGCGGACCGGAAGGCAUGAGUUGAAGUCGGGGGGAAGAACGAGGGUGAGGUUGAAGUUAAGGAGGAUGACGCUCACGGUGAGGAAGAGGAGGAGGAAGAGGAAGAGGAAGAGGCCGACGCUGUCGAUGAGGAAGAUGUGCUCGGCAUUGAAGACGAUGAAGACGAUGAAGAAGAAGAAGAAGAGAAAGAAGAAGAGAAGAAAGAAGAUGGGGAUGGGGAUGGAGAUGUCAAAGAAGACUGAGAUAUCGGUGUUUCCUGGUUUUUUUUUUUUUUUUUUUUUUUUUCUCUUACGGGUCUGAGGGACCUGGCUUCGAGCUACGGGCUACGAUCUACGAGGUUGCAGUUGUGGUCGCCGGAUUUCUUCAUGUUCUGCACCUACACAUCGGACGAAGAGAGUUGCCGUGCUUGAAUUAAUCUAGUUUCUGAACACGAGGUUAAUUCCCCGGGUUAAUCGAGCAAUGGAUCGGACGUUUAUCCUGAAAGAUUCAAAUCGCAAUCAAUA